CGCAUACCUUUCCAUCGCUCCGCGGUCGUAUCGCCAAGCAACCUCUACUCUUCUACAUCAUUCCAUUGCCUCUGCUUGCCUCGGGUCCUCUCGUUGAGAGUUCCGGACACACCCUAAUCUGCUUCCCGUUUUGGCUGCAUUUAGGUCCAAUUCUUGAACCCCUGCCGAGAGACGAGUUCUUGAGCCCUCCGCGAUAGAAAUCGGGGAAAAGAGGUGAUUUUUCGGCUAAAGAACCACCAAGUUCCAAUCGUUACUUUUUCUUGCGUUCAGAGAGAAGAACAAGCCUUCUUCUUGAAGGGAAAGACGAGAAAAAGAAGCAAUCUUUUUUAGCCAGAGGUUUCCGAAAUUUCCAAUUCUUGGUGCGUUUGGUUCUGCUUCCGAAUCCUCGAGUCAUCGCCAAGGGAAACGGAGGACAAAGAAGUGAUUUUGUUCAGCUAAAGAUGGGGAAAAGAAGCCUCGGAGGGCUGUCAACCCUGUUGUGGAUUUAUUUGGUGUGCGGAAGGUGGCAGCUCUCUGAUUCUCUCAAUGGCGAAGGCCGAGCUCUUCUGGCAUUAAAAGGCAAAGUAGAGGUCGAUCCUUAUGGCGCUUUAGCAAAUUGGGAUGAGGAAGAUGAUGAUCCAUGCUCCUGGUGUGGAGUUGAGUGCACUGAUGACGGAAGAGUCGUGGUUUUGAACUUGAAAAAUCUUUGUCUUAAAGGGACACUGUCACCUGAAGUAGGCAAACUGAUACACUUGAACACUCUAAUUUUACAUAACAAUUCCUUCUAUGGAGCUGUUCCUGGGGUUAUUGGGGAAUUGCAGAUGCUGAAGGUAUUGGAUUUGGGACACAAUAACUUUAGUGGAGUACUUCCAUCUGACCUUGGGGAUGUUGCUUCUCUAGAAACACUUGUUCUAAGAGGAAACAGAUUUGCUGGUGACUUAUUAUCAGUAUGGUCUAAGUUCAAGAUGCUCUCAGAGGUUCAGGUUGACAAAGAACUUUUGCCAUCAAAGAGGCAAUUCAUUACAAUGUCAGGGGAUGUUGUGGGUGCAAUAACCCGUGGACUUUUGGGAGUAGAAUUUAAACAGAAUGAUGAUGCACAUGACAACAAAAACCCAGGAGCACCUGAUCCGCCAGCUAAUUUGAAUAGUCGACCACCUCGUUCACCAUCAGCUCCACCACCACCUCAUCCACCAUCUCCUCUGCCACCUCCACCUCCUCCACCACCUCCACCACCUCAUCCACCAUCUCCUCUGCCACCUCCACCUCCUCCACCACCUCAUCCACCAUCUCCUCUGCCACCUCCACCUCCUCCACCACCUCCACCACCUCAGUCACAUCCAAUAUCAUCAUCUUCUUCUUUGAUUAUAUCUCUCUCAGUUGGAGGAGUAGUUUGUUUUCUGAUUGUCCUUUCUGUUAUAUACUUGUACCAUAAACAAACAAAAAAGGUUGUCAGUGUAAUGCCCUUGAUGACAGUUCUCAAUGGGCAAUCGCAGAAACCACUUGUGACAGGUGUACCUGCAUUGAGACGAUUGGAACUUGAAACAGCUUGUGAGGAUUUCAGCAACAUUAUUGGUUCAUUAUCAAAUUGCAAUUUGUACAAGGGUACACUUUCAAGUGGAGUUGAAAUAGCAGUGACAUCUGCGAUUGUGACAUCAGCAAAAGAUUGGUCAGUACAAGAUGAAGCUCACUUCAGAAAGAAGAUUUCAGACUUGUCCAAAGUAAAUCACAAGAACUUCAUGAACCUUCUUGGUCAUUGUGAGGAAGAAGCGCCUUUUACCAGGAUGAUGGUUUUUGAGUAUGCUCCAAGUGGGACACUAUUUGAGCAUUUGCACAUUAAGGAAGCAGAGCCCUUGAACUGGACCGCACGUUUACGCAUAGCCAUGGGACUUGCUUAUUGUCUGGAGCACAUGAUGCAACUUAACCCCCCUCUAAUCCCUAGAAAUUUGAAUUCAUCAUCCAUCUAUCUAACCGAAGACAAUGCAGCCAAGAUUUCUGAUCUUGAAUUCUGGAAUGUAGAAACAGAAGCAGACAUGGCAUCAUCUGAAAUCACAAAGGAGAGCAGCAUCGUGUACAAGUUUGGAAUAAUUCUACUGGAGAUAGUUUCAGGAAGGCUUCCAUAUUCAGAGGAUGAUGGCUUACUUGUGCUUUGGGCUAGGAGUUAUUUGAGUGGGAAGAGACCGAUAAAAGAUAUGGUAGAUGCAACCCUGGACCCGGUGCCUGAUGAAGAUAUCAAUGCACUAGUGGAGGUGAUUCAAUCUUGCAUAGAUGAGGAUCCAAAUGAGCGACCAACAAUGAAAGAAGUCGCUGAUCGAAUGAUGCUAAUUACGGCAAUUCCACCAGAGGAAGCUAAUCCAAAGGUAUCGCCACUGUGGUGGGCAGAGCUCCAAAUUAUUUCUUCAGAAGCUACCUAGAGAUGGAGUUGGCAACAAUCGUAUGGCAGCCCUUCUUUUGUACUGUUUCAUAGUGAAACUGCUUUUGCUACAUUUGCUUCACUAGUUUGUAAUUGUAAUAGGGGAAUUAAAAGAGAAAAGAAAUUUAGUUUGGGAUACUUAAAAAGAGUUUGUAGGUCUGUCUCUAUUAUGGAGAGAAUGGAGGGCAAUAGCCAUGUGUGGAGAAGAAUAACUUGGAGAGUACAAACAGCUUAGAUUGUGAAAGUCUCUCCAGUAUCCAAUCUCAAGAUUGGGCUUAAGAUAACUUGAAUUUACAUAGUAGUUAUAUUAUUGUGCUUGUGAUGAUGAA